AUGAAGUUUUCCGUCCUCACGCUCGUGGCAACUCUCGCCUUCGCCACCGCUGCUCCCAGCGAACUUGUUGCUAGACAAUGCUCUUGCCACAAGGUAGGCAACGAGUGGAUCUGCAGCGGACGACUCUGUCCUAAAGACUUCGUCCCCGAGCCCGCCAUGGUCAAGAGAGAUAGCGAGCUCGUAGCUCGGCAGUGUUCCUGCAAGAAGGUUGGCAAUGAAUGGAUUUGCAGUGGGCGACUUUGCCCAUGA